GAGGCUCUUAAGACUUCUGGUUAAAUUUAUCUCACAUGCUUUCAUACUAAAAGUGUCGUUCUAUUUUCCUCCAGCAUGUAGUGAAAAAGAAAGAUAGAACAACACUUUCAAGACGAAAGCAUAUAAGACGAACUGAGCCAUUCUGUGAUGUAUACUAAGGUCGUUAUUUUUUCUGGCAUACUUUUAAUAUGCUAGACCGUCUAGUAGACAUGUUGAAAAAACGUCAAGCUAUAAGAUUUCCCUUGUACAUUUACACACUCCUUUUUCGACAGUCGAACUGGCAUCAACCUCCUUGCCACGUUGAACGGACUUAUUGUCAUUAUGGCAGCUCAGGUACAUGAAUUCAACGUUGAAAUGACGUGCGAAGGAUGUUCCACAGCUGUGGAGAAGGUGCUCAAGAAAAAAACAGGUAUCGAUGAUAUCAAAAUAGAUUUACCAGGAAAUAAGGUCUCAGUGACUACAGGACUCAGCUCAGACGAGAUUUUGGAGAUAAUUAAAAAGACGGGGAAGAAAUGCCAAUUUUUAAGAACACAAAACUGAGAUUUUACAAAAUAUAUCAGAUGCUGCUAAUACGUACUAUCACACAUGUAUUAACAAAGAGAUAUUUUUUGUUAUAUUAUUUUAUAUAAAAAAUUUAUUGUACUUCAAUU